AGGAGGAGGAGAGGUGGAAUAUGGCGGACGGCGUGGACCACAUAGACAUUUACGCCGAUGUGGGAGAGGAGUUUAACCAGGAAGCAGAAUAUGGUGGGCAUGAUCAAAUAGACUUGUAUGACGACGUCAUUUCUCCAUCUGCCAAUAACGGCGAUGCACCAGAAGACCGUGAUUAUAUGGACUCUCUCCCACCCUCUGUUGGAGAUGAUGUAGGCAAAGGAUCAGCACCAAAUGUUGUCUACACAUAUACAGGAAAAAGAAUUGCACUGUAUAUUGGGAAUCUUACUUGGUGGACUACAGAUGAAGAUUUAACUGAAGCAGUUCAUUCACUUGGUGUAAAUGAUAUUCUGGAGAUAAAAUUUUUUGAAAACCGUGCUAAUGGUCAGUCGAAGGGGUUUGCUCUUGUAGGUGUGGGAUCUGAAGCCUCAUCUAAAAAACUAAUGGAUCUUUUACCUAAAAGAGACUUGCAUGGUCAGAACCCUGUUGUAACUCCGUGUAAUAAGCAAUUUCUGAGUCAAUUUGAACUGCAGUCAAGGAAAACUACGCAGUCAGGCCAGAUGUCAGGAGAAGGAAAAGCUGGUCCUCCAGGAGGCGGUUCACGGGCGGCAUUUCCACCAAGUAACAGAGGGAGAGGUCGUUUUCCUGGUGCCCUUCCUGGGGGGGACAGAUUUCCUGGACCAGCUGGACCAGGAGGACCACCACCACCCUUUCCAGCUGGACAAACUCCUCCACGUCCACCUUUAGGUCCUCCUGGCCCACCAGGCCCUCCAGGUCCUCCUCCACCUGGCCAGGUUCUCCCUCCUCCAUUAACUGGUCCUCCUAAUCGUGGUGACCGCCCUCCUCCUCCAGUUCUGUUUCCCGGACAACCCUUUGGUCAGCCUCCAUUAGGUCCUCUACCCCCUGGUCCUCCUCCUCCAGUUCCAGGCUAUGGCCCACCACCAGGCCCUCCACCCCCACAGCAAGGUCCCCCUCCACCUCCAGGCCCUUUCCCCCCUCGUCCACCUGGUCCAUUAGGGCCACCUCUGACCCUGGCUCCUCCUCCUCACUUGCCUGGGCCACCACCAGGUGCUCCCCCACCAGCCCCACACGUGAAUCCAGCUUUCUUCCCCCCACCAGCCAACAGUGGCAUACCUACAUCAGACAGCCGUGGUCCACCACCAUCAGACCCAUAUGGCCGACCCCCACCAUAUGACAGAGGUGAUUAUGGGCCACCAGGCAGGCGUUUCACUGGAAAUAACAUGUCCAUAAGAGAACAAUUACAUAUGCCAUUGUAUUGGAGACAAUCGAAAAAUAAUACUCAAAACGCAGGGAGAGAAAUGGAUGCUGCAAGGACACCUUUAAGUGAAGCAGAAUUUGAAGAAAUCAUGAAUAGAAAUAGGGCCAUCUCUAGCAGUGCCAUUUCAAGAGCUGUUUCAGAUGCCAGUGCUGGAGACUAUGGAAGUGCGAUAGAAACUUUGGUGACUGCAAUUUCUUUAAUUAAACAAUCGAAAGUGUCUGCUGAUGAUCGCUGCAAAGUUCUUAUUAGCUCUCUGCAAGAUUGCCUUCAUGGAAUUGAGUCAAAAUCUUAUGGUUCUGGGUCAAGAAGACGUGAGCGGUCAAGAGAGAGAGACCACAGCAGGUCAAGGGAGAAAAGCCGGCGCCACAAAUCUCGUAGCAGAGAUCGCCAUGAUGAUUAUUACCGGGAAAGAAGCCGAGAACGUGAGAGACAUCGUGACCGCGAUAGAGACCGUGACAGAGAGCGGGAUCGAGAACGAGAGUAUCGCCAUCGUUAAAGGAGCUGAAGGAAGAGGAACACCUCAACAGACAAGAAACUUCAUGGAAAGAGGCUUGUCCAGCAGUUCUCUUCAUGUGAUCGUCCAGAGCCUGUACAGAUUCAUGGAUAAAAUGAACAGGAAUAGAUCUGAAUAAGGCAAAUCUGCAUACAUGGUAACCAGUAGCUCUCUUACAUUUUUAUGUUGCUUAGCUGUUUUAUUUGAAGGAACCUGUGUGAUUUAAACUGUAUCGCUUCUUGCAACUUUAUUACUGGUUAUAUACAUUUGAAAAUUAAAAAUGUGCAAACAAUGGGAAAAAAGUCAAGUAAAUGCUUGUUUUUAUAGUAGUUUGGUUCUUGUUUAAAUGUUCAUAUGAUAAUGUCUGUAAAGAGCACCAAAUUGAUUAUAGUAGAUGUAGUGUUGUAAUAAACUGUUCAAUGGGGCUGAUGUGUAAAGCUGUUCAAGUUAUUUGAUGUUUACACCUCAGGGAGUGUCUUGUGUUCAGCAAUAUUUAAUGGUGUUAAACUGUCUCUAACAAAACAUUGCAUAUUUUUUGCAUAUGCAUCAAAUUGUUGUAUUUGAAUAGCUGGCAUUUGUGUCCAACACCUGAUACUAGAGUAGUGGUUACUUUUUUUAAAAAAAAUUGUAGUCUUUCUGCAUAGAUGGCUUGUGAAUUCGCUGAAGGUGUGUACAACUGUAAAAACUGUAGAUUAAUAUUUUGUGAUUCAGAUGGACUAAACUUUCUUUUAAGAAAAUGAAGUCUGAAAGUGAGUUCUAGUAUACUGCUGCCUGAUUAUUAUAAUAUGCAACACUAAAAAGUUCAUUCAGACACACAGUUGGAAGAAUAAUUGGCUAGUUGCAAAUGAUGCUGCCGUGUUUCACACUUUUCCAAAUGUUUCAUCCUGCUGUCAUAGGCAAAUACAUAAUUGUACAGUGGUUAAAAAAUGACUGAAGAGAACUGUUUCCCUCCUCUUUUUUUUAAAAAAAGUAAGAUUUCUAAUGGGCUUAGUUUUUUAUUUAGCUACAAAACUGGCACUCACAACUGUAUAGAGAAAAAAAUACAAUUUGUUUGUUUUCAUUAACAAACAGAUGUAGUUAAUGAUUGAGGUUUUACAAGUUUGUCCUAAAAGUUGAGUUAAACCACUGUAAUUUAUAACAUAUCUAAAGAAACACUUCUGGCUUCUCAAUUAUGAAAAAAAUCAUAUAACAUAUAUUUGAUAAAUGUUUUUUUUGUUUGCCAACUGAAAUUUACUCAUUGGAAAAAUGCUUUCAAAAAUUCCCCUAUUUUGCUAAUACGAAACUUUCAAGUUACAAUUAUUUCAAGGUAUCAGUUUAUAAAUUACUUUACAAUUUGUAUGAUUACAGGAACUGAAUCUAUAAUUAGUGUUAACUUUAAAUUAAUCAUUAUGGUCUGCUAUAUUCACUAAAAAAGUCUGAGAUGCAUAAUAUUUACUCGAAGCAUGAAUGAAGGCCAUUUCAUACACUUUGUUGCACCAAUCUUGAGAUGCAGUUAAGUACGCUUGUAACCAAUCCCAGCUUCUUCGCAAGUGUAUAAUAGAUGUGAUUGCACAAAACAUUUGUAACUUUCACACUCCUUAAAACCUAUUUAAGUGUAUAACUAAAAGGUAUAAGUUAAGAUCCUUAAGAACUGUAAACAGAGUUAUGCUUGUUAAAUGGGUUCUUGCCUAACUGCAGCCCUUGCAGCUCCCCAAAAAACAUUCUUGAGAGCUGGGAAACCCUCCAGAUGGUGUUCAUGGCAGGUGUCUGCAGCAGAGGGCAGUGGAGCGAGAUCAGGGGAAAUUAGACAUAUACCUCUUUCAUAUGUACACAGAAGAACUUUCCACUCACACUAUGGUAUCACUCGAUUCAGGCCAUAAUGUGUGAAAUUAUGUAACUCGUGUUUUUGUUACAUUUGGAAACCCUCAAAUUAUUGUCUCAGAAACUGUAUCUCCCAUACAACUAAAGACAUAUAAUUGGAAUUAGCAGUUUUUUAUUUGUACAUCUCAGGCCAAUGCAGCUGGCAAACCCUAUUUCUGACCAAUAGUUUUUCUAUAUUGUGUAAUGACUCUGAACUAUUUGCUCUUGAACAUUUUAAAUGAUUAACCUUUUAAUAUGAAACGGCUUUUUCAAUUUUUGUACACUUAGGCACUCUCACAGUCCAUUCCUGCUUUGUGAACAGGUUAUGUUGGUUUAUCACACUUAGAAUGUGAGGUUUAACUUGCUGUAAGAAUAAUAUAUGGGGAUGGCUUAUGAAGUUUACUAUCUGAAGAUGAAAAUUUUUGAACCCACUUUAGCCUCUGGCUUGUUUAUGCAUUGAAGGGAUGGUCCAGAAGCUGAAAAGAAUCAAAGAAAAAAUCAGCAACUCCUGAUUCACCUAUUUUUUUACCCUGGGAUAAAGUGAUGAUGUGUGUCUAAGCAUUGCUUCCAUUAUAACAGGUGUCUAGGAGUGUAGAGAUCCCUAAAGAAACAGUAAUUGGAAUGACUCGAGAUAAUCAACAAAUGGGAUGCAGAUAAAAUACCCUGGAAUUGCUUAUCCAUUUAGACUAGGGGUUUGUCCCAACUCUGAGAAGUCCAAUGUGGUAUUGCUUCUGAUUAUUGCUGGGGGCGGGGGAAGGUGAUGGCCAAAAAGUGGACUAAAUCUGAAGAAACAACAGGUAAGUUAGACAGCUUCAAAUAUUCAGGAACCAAAACAAAAUUUAAACAAUAAUUUAGGGUUGUUUUUUAAACUUACAUUUUAUCAUAAAACAAGGGAGAUGCUGUUUGGUUCAAAUUCUCUUCCAUUUUCUCCGCAAGAGAAUUACCAUUGCUGGCAAUGGAUCUGCCCCAAAAAUCUAAUAGAUAUGAUUUUUGGUACUUUUUUGAUAUGUGCAGGCUGAACUUUUAUAAGUAGUACGGUAGUAAAUAAUCCUAAUUAACUGUCUUGAGUAAUUUUUUUCAAUGCUUUUUAAAAUUCCAAAGAUUUUUUAGAGGAAAAUGUCAGAAGAAGAAAGCAUUCCACUUAUGAUUAGGUUGGGGGGGGGACCUGAAUACCUCCAGACUAGUCUAGUAAACGUUGCUAAGAAUUUUUCUGAGUCCCCUCAGGAGAUAAACUAUCAUGCAUGUGUGAGACAAUUAACUAAAAUGUGGAUAAUGUCUUGGUUGCUACUGAAGUGUUGUUGAUAAACUAUUUAAUUUGCUUCUGUUAGGGAAAUGUAAAUAACUUGCAAGAAAGUACCUGAUACGCUGUUUGUAGGUAUUCAUAAGUAAACAUAGUAGCAUUUUAUGUGCAGUCUUUUAUAAUUCUGCACUAAGUUAAUGAUACUAACAGCUGGAGUGUUUCUAGAAAAACAAAGCGGUAUCAAAUUGACUACUAGAGAAGCAUGUGCUGCUUUCUGCUUUCAUUCCUAUUUUUAACUGUUCUACUAAGAAUUUACUGUGUUUCAGUACCCAUCAGACCUGAUGGCCAACUAAAUGAAUGUUGCAGUGCCCAUUUAUUAAAUGAUAAUUUAUGUUUAGACUUUGAUCUUCUUUGAUCUUCUGAUUAGUUUGCAACUGCUGAGGUUGAAUGUUAGAUAUCUUUAUUAUGCUGAGUCUCUGGUUAGUUGCAUAAUCGAGUCUCUUGUAUUUUUUCCAUCAGAUAAGUACAGCAAGUUUUAAUGUUUUAUGUAUUGACUUUAGUUUUUAAAAUGCCAUGUAGAUAUUGGAUUACUUCAUUUCUCACUCAUGUACAGUUUUAACCAUCCUUUCCAAAUUUUAUAAAUAGGCUCUUAUUAGUCACAUUGUUUACUUAGCUAGUAUAGAAUGCUGGAGAACAGACUGCCUUAAGAUGCAGCUUUUAAUGUUACAGCAUCCUCUGUAAAUGUACAUUUUAAUAAGAUUUCAACUGUUUGUGAAAUAAAGUCUUGGAAGGAUGUCAGUAGAAAAACCUGUAGACUUCUUGAAAUUAAAAAGUUACUAUUUCCUGAUGGUGGGGGGGAGCAGCAAUAUUGAUUUCUAAGAGCAAAAGUUGGUAUUUUUACAAGCAUGUUAAGAUUUUCCCUGUUUUUUAAUGUAGUAUAGGGACAGUCAUGCCUAUGGAUCUGAGAAAUGAAUGUGCACAAGUUCAUUUCUCCAUUUCAUCUCAAGCUGGUUUCCUCUCUUUGAAGCUGUUUAAUUCUGGAUUUGUCAGUUGAAAGAAGAAUGCCAUUGUGUCUAUAUUAACACAUGUAGCAUAUAAUUUUUAAAUAAUUUUUUAAAAGGUGUAAUGGUGGCUUUAAUUUUUUUUUUAAGAUCCAGUUAUAAAUCUGGAGGAUAUAGAACAAUACCUUUUUUUGUCUUUACAGCCUACCUAUUUCCUUUUUUUCCUGGUAAUCCAGUUUCUGAAAUUAGAAACUCUUAUCCAGAUGCAUAUUUCACAUUCAAAUUCUGCUUGCCUAUAGAACUGAAUGAUAGGGAUUCUGCUUUGUCUUCAUAAAAUAACUACAAGUUGUAGCAUCUGAAUCAUUUCCUCACUGAAGUAACAAGAUCAUUUGUAGACGUUAAGUAUCAUCUAAAGCUCUAGCUGAAAUACAAACUAACUUAAAUCACCACUGAAGGAAGCAUACUGUAUACAGUUAUUUUCUGGGGAAGUUACCUUUAUAUGACACAGUCAUAGCAAUAAUAGUCUUGUACUCUGUAUUGAUAGGUUUCACAUAAUUGAAGGCACUUGCUUGGUACUAUUUUCCAUAAUAGUUUGACUUCCUUAAUCUAGUAGAACUGAUUGCAGAUAGAUUUAAUUUAAAAUAUUUUCUAUCCCCUUUUGUCAGAAUUUCUUGCAGAAUGCCUCUGGAACAAGCUGUUUUCCCUUAGAAGUUGGUAUAUGAUUUUGGUUUUUAUUCUGUUGCAUAUACCCAGCUAUAUACAAGCAAAUAAAUGUAGAAAUUUAGCAUCCUCUAUAAUUCAUUGGGGUGUGAGAUAAUUUUCUAAUGGCUUUCUAAACUGGUGGCCCAAAGUUCUAUAUAGUGUUCAGUUUCUGGACGCUAAUGUCUUCACAAAGGUAAGAGGGUUCACAUUUAUAUAUGUAGCUUUUAAAGGCCUAGUGUGCCUCUAAAUGUGACUCAACAACUUUUCACGUCUAUACUUUUAAUUGUUUGGUUAUAUUGCCUUUCUUUCCAGCCUUUAGGUGACUAUUAAGAAUUUGCUGUCCCACUAUUUGUUGUUUUUUAAAUUGCAAAAGAAGUUACAUUGUAUUGAAGAAAAAUAAAUCACAUUCUUAUGCAAACUUAA